AUGAUGGAUUUGAGGAUUGAUAUGCAGCGGGCUUCCUUUGCUCAAAUUGGCAAUCUCGGGCUUCUGCUCCUAUGGCAUAUUCUACACCUUUUUGUCAGCAUAUGGUACUUUCUAUUGGGUUUAGCUUAUGUGCUUCAAAGCUAUCUUAUUUCUGGUGGAGUACUCAAGAGCUACAAAGCCCUUAAUUUGGCCAAGCUACGGUACCUGGCAAUUGUGAUAGAAAGUGAAGAAGCUUACCAAACAUUAAAAGUAAUUGAGCUGCUGCAGUGGCUAGAAGCUAUUGGUGUGAAGCGUGUGUGCCUCUACGAUACAGAAGGAGUGUUGAAGAAAUCAAAAGAAGCCAUCUUGAAUAAACUGAAAAACGCAAGCGAAUUUAAGGCUUAUGAAGAUUUAGUCGAUCAAAACCGCAUGUCUCUGGAAUUUUCUUCAUUUUCUGAUGGAAAAGAAGCUGUAACCAAAGCAGCUAACUUACUUUUUGUGAAGUAUUUGAAGUUGGCCAAAUCAGUUGGAGAUCAUGAAGAGAAAAUCUUUACAGAACCUGAUAUGGAUGAGGCACUAAAAGCUAUUAGUUGUAGAGGGCCAGACCCUGACCUCCUAUUGGUUUACGGACCUGCAAGAUGCCACCUUGGUUUCCCUGCAUGGAGAAUUCGAUAUACUGAGAUUGUGUGA